AUGCCUGACUUUCAGUACCCCGAAUUCUAUUCGUUUCCUCCAUUUUUUACAAUCCAGCCAGUUCUGGCUACUCGGGAAAAGCAAAUGGCCUUGUGGCGCGAGCUGAUCCUGAGGUAUCACACAGAAAAGAAAAUCAAAACGUUAGUUGUGCAUGAUUGUCCCUUGUGGAAAAACGACAAUAUAAAAAGAAGGCUGCAACCAGGGGAAAUUCAAGAAGUUCUGGACGACUUUUGUCGGCACGGACACGGCGAGUGGCAAGAUGCCAACAAAACAACCUGCCGCAUUUUGUGGCGCACACCUGAACAGCUCGCAACGGAUAUUCACCAGUGGGCGGAAAAGAACGGAUACGUAGGCUCGGUAUGUACGGUCUACGAAUUGCAUUCCGGAGAGGAUGUCAACGGGAUGUCGUUUCAGGGUGCGGACGAAGAAUUGCUGAGACGGGCACUCUCGAUCUUGGAGGAUCGCGGGAAAUGCACUAUUUUUAGAGGCGAAACCUCGGAAGAAGAUGGAAUCAAAUUUGCCUAG